AGGAGGUUGAUAAGAGGUACACAAAUAAAUGCUCUCGCAUUUAAGAAGCGUUAACUGUCAGUUAGCUGACUACGCGUUCCGUUCGAUCUUCCAGGUUGUGCGCGCUCUGGCACCAUUCGCGUCGUACCGCCUCACGCAGUCCCUGUUCAGCGACGACAACGCGACGGCCGUGUACCUGUACGUCGGGGACGCUUGCACGGCAGCCGCCAGCAAGCUGACUUCGUUCGCCCUGGCCACCGUCGUGUUCCAGGACGUGCUGUCGGCGCGCCGACUGGAACUCGCUUACGAACAGGUGGACGCACUGCGCAACGAGACGAUGGCGUCCCUGUCGUGGCUCGAAGACGAGCAAGAGGCGGCUCGCAAGCGGUUGACCUCCCUGCGCUCGCUGGUCGCCUGGCCCGAGCGGCUCAACUCGAGUGACGCCCUGGACGCGUACUUCGCGGGCAUGCCGGACUUCCGCGGCUACUACGUCGAAGUCUACCUGGACUCCGUCAAGGCCCUCAGGAGGCGGCAAAAGGCGCGACUGCUACUUCCGCGAGCGGCCGGUGCCAGAGGGGAUAAUGCCACGGGACUUCUCGCCGGUGGCCCCGAAGAAGGCGCGACCAUUCAAGGACUCAGGCCGUCGGUGCGGUACAGCGCCUGGCUGGACAGCCUGUUCAUCUCGCCCGGGACGCUGUUCGAACCGGUCCUCUUCGCCGCCGACAAUGACAACCAGUCGGUGAGCGGCGACGGUGGAGACAACGCCACGGCGUCCGCGUCAAGCGUGGUGAUGGCUCUGGCCCUGGCUGGACUCGGACACCUCGUGGCGCAUGAACUGUGGCACGCCGCCCUAGGCGAGCGCACAGUGGGCAUCUCGCCAGAACCGGACAUCACGCUGACCGGAGCUCGUGUCCGCAGGCAAUAAUUAUUCGCAAG